AAGCGCUUUUAAAUUAUUACAAGACCAGUUUUACAACAUCAGUUAUUGAAGUAUGGAAGUGACAGGACACCACCCUGGUCGUGUCUUGAGUCCUGUUGAUGUCUAUCAAGGUCGUUUGAACCACACGCCACAACGGGUCGGUCACCCACAACUUAGCCAGCAAAGGUCUCUACCAGUUCUGCCGCACCAGUACAGUCUCGGCAACCACCAUCAACCACAGCUACAGCAUUCCCACAGCAUUGAGCAACCGCCGCACCAUCACCAGAUGCCGCAUCCUCAACCGUUUCAGAUACAACCAAACUCCCACGUUCUUCAAUGCCUCCAACAAGUCAACAAAGGUGAGAUGCCGGCCAGGCCAAACAGCAGUGAGCCAGCGCUGAACGCGCCUCUUCAGCCACUCCACCAUUCGCAUAUACAAAGAUCGCCAAACGGGGAAGCGGUUCCAGCAAUGGAAGAGUUAAGGAACGAGAACGCAAACAACAACAACAGCGCAGAGGGAGUAAUGGAUGGCAACACAUCAGCAAUGUCGGAUGGGAGCAACGCUGACUUAGCUGUAGAGCACAACUUGAGCAUCGGAGCAGUGUCCGGAGCACCCGAGACUCCUCCGAGCACAGAAGAGGAAGGAAGUGACAGCACGAAUGGAUCAGGUGGGAAGAAGCAAGAUAACGGAGGAGCACUUGGACACAGGCGACCAGAGAAACCACCGUACUCUUACAUUGCUCUCAUAGUUAUGGCGAUACAGAGUUCCCCAGCGAAGAAGUUGACGCUGAGCGAAAUUUACAACUUUCUCCAAACUCGUUUCGAAUUUUUCCGCGGUGCAUACCAGGGUUGGAAGAAUUCCGUCCGCCACAAUCUCUCGCUUAACGAGUGUUUUAUUAAAUUACCGAAAGGUCUCGGCAGGCCUGGUAAAGGUCACUACUGGACGAUCGAUCCUGCCAGCGAAUUCAUGUUCGAGGAAGGCUCGUUUCGCAGAAGACCUCGCGGGUUCAGAAGAAAGUGUCAAGCUUUAAAACCAUAUGGCAUUUUCGGUGGCGGGCCCGGUUUAAUCGGACAUCAAGGUUACGGCCCCCCGCACGAGAUGUUUGGGGCAGGAGGCAUGCCCCACGGGGCCAUGCCCCCGCCUUCACACCACCGACCCAACUUAAUGGGGUUUGAUACUGCAGGCAUGAACGCUGCUGCUGCCGCUUCUGCACAUUUCUUUAACGGUGCGGCGGCCGCAGCGGUCGCAGCGAAUGGCAUUACAAGCCCACAAACAACGUCUCCAACUCUGCCCAUCCCGCCAAAGGAACCAGGUACCCCACAUUCCCCCCACAACCACUCUAACCCCUACUCCUCAAACUGUGCUGAGGUUUCCACUGGAACAAACACUUCUGUCCAGGUCUCUCCAUCCAUGUCCGCUGUCGCCAACCACCCGCACUACUCGCCGGGAGCCAUGUUCAGCUGGCCGGGCGCAACGUCCCAGUCCCACGGGACUUACAUGCGUCCAAAUCCGCCAACGCCCAACGGAAUCCCCGAUCCCCAUACCCAUGCGAUGAUGAACGGUAACGUAAACGGCUCAGUGGGUCAGCGCAUGGAAUACCACCAUCCUUUCUACGCGACUCCAAGAGACAGCCACCUCGCUUAUGAAGCGCCCACCAUGAAAUUCAAGACCGAAUGUGCAAUGGAUCCUUACUCCACUAACGGGAUGGAUAGAAAGCCUUACCCGGCGAUGCCAACGCCUAUUCCUGUAGCAUCGGGAUACUCGAACGGCUACUAUGACACCAAGUCAUGCGCGAUGUGAUCUGGAAGCACCCGGUAGUGGGGGCUAUCUCCUAACUUCCCAGGCAAAGACUGUCCGGUGGCGCAAAGCUACAUCACCAUCUGGGUAAUGAAGAAUGAUCUGAAUAUUGAAUCGGGCUCGCAAAGCUGAACAGAGUGAUACGGGACGGCCGCGUAAAGAAAUAAAAGACCAAGAACGAUCCCAGCGAGUGGCACAUUGUAUUGCACGAAUGUUGGGUAAUUGUUAUAUGAUCCAAUCGUUUAUUUUAUUUGAAAAAUUGUACAAUUAAACAAAAACUAGCU